AUGGCUUUGCAGGAGCUCGUAUUCUUCCUCCUAUGCACCGUCAUCACCUUCUCGACUACUCAGGCCACCCCGCUGCCGUCGCCGCAGCAGACCCUCUCUACAAAGGGCUGCCCAAAUACUCUCAUCAACCCUUCCUUUGAAACUUCAUUGUUACCUGCAUGGAUGGACAUGGUGACAGGGUCGUGGUCCUCUCGCGGCAUCUCCUCCUCUACUGGCGCACACUCCGGCCUCAAUGUAUACGCCGCGACAUCGAAUAGUUCAGAGGUGACUGCGACGCUCACACUAUCGCAAUCUUACAUUCAGCUUCCCAGCGGUGCGAUGGUGGAUUGCUAUGCAUGGGUUAAGGGGAGUAGACCGAGUGGGCAGACGCGUGUUGAGAUUUUUCUGGACCAGGUCAGCUGUGGAAAAGCGGUACUAGGAAUUGGGAGGAAAGGCUGGACAAAAGUCGGCGGCAAGAUCGCAGUGCAGGAUGUGAUUGGAGGCGUUGGCCAUUCGGUCGCGGUUAGUGUGCAGGGCGAUGGCGUGGAGGACGAGGGUGGUUGGAAUGUUGCUGUGGACGAUGUUAGCGUGGUAGUCGGGUGUUAG